GGGUAGGGAAGCGUAUUUUGACUUUCCUAGCCUAUGCCUCUAUUUAAGUGACAGUGUUACCUACAGAAUCACACAUUACAGUGUUACCUACAGAAUGAAGAUUGAAGUUGAAGUAGUCUCCACAGAGACUAUCAAGCCAUCUACUCCAACCCCUAAUCACCUCCGCCACUACCAACUCUCAUACCUUGAUCAAAUAUCUCCCCCAGUGUUUAUGCCUCUAGUAUUCUUCUACCCAUUGAAUGAUACUAAUAAUACCAACAUGGACCUCAUCAACCACCACCUCAAGAAGUCCUUGUCGGAGACCUUAACCCGAUUCUAUCCCCUCGCCGGACAGGUCAUGAACAACCUCUACGUAGACUGCAACGACACCGGCAUCCCCUACGUGGAAGCCCGAGCCACCUGCCGGCUCUCUGAAGUCGUCCGGGACCCAAACCCGAACGAACUCAACAAGUUGAUCCCAUAUGAAUUGGAUGACAUUAGGGACCUCCCUAUGGUCAUCCAAGUCACCAUGUUCACUUGUGGUGGCAUAGCAAUUUCUAUAGGCAUCUCUCACAAGGUUGCUGAUGCUUUUUCAUUCUUCAUGUUUGUCAAUAGCUGGGCCGCCAUUGCAAGUGCCAAUUACGACGACAUACCGUCUCCACGGUUUGAGUCGGCCGAGCUCUUCCCACCCAGAAACCUAAUCGGCUACGAACCGACCACCGGCAUGGUAAAAGAGAAUAUAGUGACAAAGAGGCUUGUGUUCACUGCCUCUAAGAUAGCUGAUCUUAGAGACAAAUACACUAACGCCACAAGCAAAGAAAACCCUACACGCCCAACCCGCUUUGAGGCUCUAUCUGUCUUCAUUUGGAGCCGUUUCAUGGCCUCCACUCGAGCAAAAACCGGUGGUCAUGCUGACAAGACUUCCACCAUGAUAAUUCAUCACACGGUGAACCUGCGCAUGAGGUUUGAUCCGCCACUACCGGAGAACUACUUCGGAAAUAUAUACUGGCACGCAAUAGCAAUACCGGCCAUGGACAGUAGUAGUACUGAGGAUGAGUGUUGUGGCUUAGUGAAUUUGAUGAGAGAUUCAGUAAGGAAUAUCGAUGUCGAUUACGUGACACAACUCCGGGAGAAUGACAAGCACUUGAACUUCAUCAAAGAGCGAGCUGAGAGGUUCAAGAGAGGGGAGGUGGUUUCCUUUAACUUCACCAGUUUGUGCAGGUUUCCUACGUAUGAAGCUGAUUUCGGGUGGGGAAAGCCGGUAUGGGUUUGUUCCGCUAGCCUUACAUUCAAAAAUUUGGUUUGUUUCGUGGACACUAGAUUGGGUGAUGGUAUAGAAGCAUGGGUUAACUUGAAGGAGGAAGAGAUGCUCAAAUUUGAAGCUGAUCAAGAGUUGCUGGCAAUGGUUUCCACAGCCCUAGAUGAUAAUACUUCUGGGUUUUAGAGAUUAUUGGAAUUGAAUGUCAACUUAGGAUGUUGGAAAUAAAUUUGAUUUUAGAAUUUUAGUACUCCCCUCUGUCCCAAAAUAGCUUCUUUGACUCAUAAUUAAUUAAUUAGUAUUUUUUAUGUAUUUGGUAUACAUAUCCAUGUGUGCAUUUCAUGUUAGUGGGGUAGUAAAUGGUUUUGAUGGAGAAGAUUAUGUAACCAAGAAGUAUGGGAAUUAAGCCUCCUAAAUUCUAUAUCAGUGGGAGUUAUUAAUA